CUACAAAUACGCCUGGUUCUUCUUUGAACUUCUUGUGAAGAGCAUGAGUCAGCAUGUGUCUCAGCUGGAUAAGAAGGCAGUCCCUCGAAGGAAUAGAUUUUCGGAUCGUUUCAAAGAUGACAUCACCACUAUUGUCAACGUGGUGACUGCUGAGAUCGGAAACAUUUUAGUAAAACAACAAAAGGAACUGGAGCAGGCAGAGAAGGUUAACAUCAGCCUGGCUUUCUUCCUGUAUGACCUGAUGUCUCUGAUGGACCGAGGCUUUGUGUUCCAGCUGGUGAAGAAUUACUGCAACCAGGUCCUGCAUAUGAGGUUGGAGUUUUUGAGGGUCCUGUGCAGUCAUGAGCACUACCUCAAUCUCAGCCUGUUCUUCAGCAGCCCUGCGUCUGCCCCCGCCUCCCCGUCACCCUCCACCUCCUCACAGACCUCCAGCUCGUGCAGUUUUCAGGACCAUAAGAUCACAGCCAUGUUUGAUCUGUCGCAAGACUUUAAGCAGCGGCAUUACUUGACCGGACUGCUGCUGACCGAACUCAGCACUGCACUGGACAUGGAGUCAGAGGGGGGGAGAGUACAACAAAAGGCCAUCAGUGCCACAUACAGCUUAUUGUGCGCUCAUGAUCUGGACCAGCGCUGCUCAAGGCCAGAGGUCAAGGCUAAGAUUGCUGCUCUCUACCUCCCUCUAGUGGGCAUCAUCAUUGACUCCAUCAAUUACCUUGACUUCACAGUAUCUGACUCGCGUGGCAGUAAAGGCAAAUCUGGUGGGCCUGAGGAAGAUCCUGACAGCAUCACCCCCAUCAAUCAGUCUGUUGCCAUGGCAAUCGCUGGAAAUCCUUUCAACACUUUAGCGAGAAAUGCACUGGUCUCUAUGGCCUCUGUG